AUGCUCAUAAAACUUGACGACCUCUCCAACCCCGCAACCCACUCCCUCCUGGCCUACCACAUCACAGACCUCCAAAGCAAAACCCCCUCCGAGUCCUGCUACGUCCUCGACCUAACAGCUCUGCAACACCCAUCCAUAUCCGUCUACUCAGCCUGGGAAGGCGAUGAAUUGCUAGGGUGCGGCGCACUCAAAGAGCUCUCGCCAACCACCGGCGAAAUCAAAUCCAUGAGGACGGCUACGGCACAUCUUCGCCGCGGUGUGGGGCGGGCUAUCGUUCAACAUAUUAUUAGCGAGGCAAAAGGAAGGGGAUAUGUUUCUUUGCAACUGGAGACGGGGACUAGUGAGGGGUUUAGGAGGGCGAGGGAGUUUUAUGGGGGGCUUGGGUUUGUGGGGUGUGAGGUUUUUGGGGGGGAGGUCGAUUUGGUUUGA